AUGUACAAGAUGAGUUACAACUGUACUCUGGAAGAAAUUGCUACAAAACAUGCAACCAAUUGUGCGUAUGGACAUACCACCUUUGAACAAAGACUAAAGACUGGUGAAAACCUUUACGGAAGAAUGCCAGGGAUUGAUGAUAAAACGCGACUGGUUGAUGAAGCCAGUAAUGGUUGGUUCAGUGAGCUGGCAGAUUAUGGUGUAGGACAGCAGAACAUUUUCACUGAGGAACUGCAAAAACGUCCAAAUACAAAAAUCGGACAUUAUGUUCAGAUGGUUUGGGGAGAUACUAUAUCAGUCGGAUGUGCUGCUCAAAACUGUGGUAACUUCAGCUGGGUCGUCUGCAAUUACUAUCCAACGUAAGU